UCGACGCUUGCGGCACAGGUGCACACAGACACCUCGUCUUCCCGCGCCCGCAUACCCGAGCGCUCCGCUCGCCGCCGCCACCCUCGAGCCGCCUCGUGUAGCAGCAGCUGGCGCACGCCUCUCCGCAGCCCAGCAUGCCGACCACGGCGCCGCCGCCGGGCUUUGCCGGUGCGCCGACGGGGCCCAAGGGCCGGCAGGCCAACGGCGCCUCGAGCUCCAAGCUGCCGCCGCCGCCCGGCUUUGUGGCGACGCCGCAUGAGCAUGCCGGCCCGUCGACCGGCGAGCCGUCGUCGCUCUCGGCGGCCGCGCUCGCACAAAAGUCCAAGAAGUGGACGCAGACGCAGUCGCGGCGCUUCGGCGACCGCAAGGGCAAGACGGGCAUCAUCGACACGGGCAAGCAGGAGCUGCCGCCGGAGCACCUGCGCAAGAUCAUGAAGGAUCACGGCGACAUGAGCAACCGCAAGUUCCGCAGCGACAAGAGAGUCCAUCUCGGUGCGCUCAAGUACCUGCCGCACGCCAUGCUCAAGCUGCUGGAGAACAUCCCGAUGCCGUGGGAGCAGGUGCGCGAGGUGCCGGUGCUGUACCACAUCACGGGCGCCAUCUCGUUUGUCAAUGAGAUUCCGCGCGUGAUCGAGCCAGUCUACCACGCCCAGUGGGCGGCCAUGUGGCUGGCGAUGCGGCGCGAGAAGCGCGACCGCCGGCACUUCAAGCGCAUGCGCUUCCCGCCGUUCGACGACGAGGAGCCGCCGUUGGACUACGGCGACAACCUGCUCGACGUCGAGCCAUUAGAGGCGAUCCAGCUCGAGCUCGACGAGGAGGAGGACGCGCCGAUCAUCGACUGGUUCUACGACCACAAGCCGCUGUCGGACAACCCGCGCUACGUCAACGGCCCCUCGUACAAGACGUGGUCGCUCGACCUGCCGAAGAUGUCGGCGCUGCACCGCAUCGGCAAGACGCUGCUCAGCGACUUUGACACGGCCGGCGACCGCAACUACCACUACCUCUUCGACGACAAGAGCUUCUUCACGGCCAAGGCGCUCAACGUGGCCAUCCCCGGCGGCCCCAAGUUCGAGCCGCUCUUCACCGACGUCGAGGACCACAACGCCGACUGGGACGAGUUCAACGAUAUCCGCAAGGUGAUCAUUCGGCACCAGAUCCGCACCGAGUACAAGGUCGCGUUCCCGCACCUGUACAACAGUCGCCCGCGCUCGGUGCACCUCGGCGUGUACCACGAGCCGCGCAACGUCUACGUGCGCACCGACGACCCGGACCUGCCGGCAUUCUACUUUGACCCGGUGCUCAACCCCAUCUCGAGCCGCGGCCUCGCCAACGCCGACGCCUUCCGGCCGGUGUUCGACGACGGCGAGCCGGUUGUGGCGCACGAGGACGACGUCUUCGGCGUCGGCGUCGAGGGCGACGACGACCUGCCCGACGAGAUCGCCUUCACGCUGCCCGACCACGUCGCGCCGUUCCUGGCCGAGGAGGAGCUCACGCAGGAGCUCACGGCCGACGCCAUCGCGCUGUGGUGGGCGCCGGCGCCGUACAACCAGCGCUCGGGCCGCAUGCGCCGCGUGCUCGACAUUCCGCUCAUCAGCUCGUGGUGGCAGGAGCACGCGCCGACGGGCCUGCCCGUCAAGACGCGCGUCUCGUACCAGAAGCUGCUGAAGCGCUGGGUCGCCAACUCGCUCGGCUCGCGCCCGCCGAAGAGCCACACGCGCAAGUACCUGCUCAAGCAGCUCAAGGGCACCAAGUUCUUCCAGCAGACGAGCAUCGACUGGGUCGAGGCGGGCCUGCAGGUUGAGCGGCAGGCGCACAACAUGCUCUCACUGCUCGUCGCGCGCAAGGGCCUCACGUACCUGCAUCUCGACCACAACUUCUCGCUCAAGCCCGUCAAGACGCUCACGACCAAGGAGCGCAAGAAGUCGCGCUUCGGCAACGCCUUCCACCUUGUGCGCGAGAUGGCGCGCCUCGUCAAGCUCGUCGUCGACAGCUUCGUGAUGUACCGGCUGGGCAACGUCGAUGCCUUCCAGCUCGCCGACGGCCUGCAGUUCACGUUCAACCACAUCGGCCAGCUGACGGGCGCGUACCGGUACAAGUACCGCAUCAUGCGGCAGAUCCGCGCGUGCAAGGAUCUCAAGCACGUCAUCUACCACCGCUUUAACAGCGGGCCGGUCGGCAAGGGCCCCGGUGUCGGCUUCUGGGCGCCGUCGUGGCGCAUCUGGAUGUUCUUCCUGCGCGGCAUCACGCCGCUGCUCGAGCGCUGGCUUGGCAACCUGCUGGCGCGCCAGUUCGAGGGCCGCAACAGCAAGAACAACUCGACGACGGUGACGAAGCAGCGUGUCGAGUCGCACUUCGACCUCGAGCUGCGUGCCGCGGUGAUGCACGACAUUCUCGACAACCUGCCCGACGGCGUCAAGCAGAACAAGGCUAAGACGAUCAUGCAGCACCUGUCCGAGGCGUGGCGCUGCUGGAAGGCCAACGUGCCGUGGAAGGUGCCCGGCAUGCCCGUGCCCGUCGAGAACCUGAUCCUGCGCUACAUCAAGAGCAAGUCCGACUGGUGGACGUCGGUGGCGCACUACAACCGCGAGCGCAUCCGCCGCGGCGCCACCGUCGACAAGACGGUCGCACGCAAGAACCUCGGCCGCCUCACGCGCCUCUACCUCAAGGCCGAGCAGGAGCGCCAGAACUCGUACCUCAAGGACGGCCCCUACAUCACGUCCGAGUCGGCCGUGGCGAUCUACACGUCGACGGUGCACUGGCUCGAGUCGCGGCGCUUCCAGCCGAUCCCCUUCCCGUCGCUCAACUUCAAGCACGACACGAAGCUCCUCGUGCUCGCGCUCGAGAAGCUCAAGGAGGCGUACAGCGUCAAGGGCCGCCUGAAUCAGAACCAGCGCGAGGAGCUGGCGCUCGUCGAGCAGGCCUUCGACAACCCACACGAGACGCUGGCGCGCAUCAAGCGCCUGAUGCUCACGCAGCGCGCCUUCAAGGAGGUCGGCCUCGAGUUCUUCGACACGUACGAGAAGCUCAUCCCCACGUACGACGUCGAGCCGAUCGAGAAGAUCACGGACGCGUACCUGGACCAGUACCUCUGCUACGAGGCGGACAAGCGGCAGCUCUUUCCGGCGUGGAUCAAACCCAGCGACCAGGAGCCGCCGCCGCUGCUGGUGUACAAGUGGUGCAACGCAAUCAACAACCUCGACGGCGUGUGGGAGACGGCCGAGGGGCAGUGCAACGUGCUCAUGGAGACGACGCUGGCGCGCGUGUACGAGAAGAUGGACCUGACGCUGCUGAACCGCCUGCUGCGCCUCAUCAUGGACUCCAACCUGGCCGACUACAUCACGUCGAAGAACAACAUCUCGAUCGUGUGGAAGGACAUGGCGCACGUCAAUGCCUACGGCCUCAUCCGCGGCCUGCAGUUCUCGGGCUUCGUGUUCCAGUACUACGGCCUCAUCCUCGACCUGCUCGUGCUCGGCCUGCAGCGCGCGUCGGAGAUGGCCGGCCCGCCGCAGAUGCCCAACGGCUUCCUGCAGUUCCGCGACACGGCGACGGAGACGAAGCACCCGAUCCGCAUGUACACGCGCUACGUCGACCGCAUCCACAUCUUCUUCCGCUUCACGGCCGACGAGUCGCGCGACCUCAUCCAGCGCUACCUCAGCGCCAACCCGGACCCGAACAACUCGAACCUCAUCGGCUACGCGAACCGCAAGUGCUGGCCGCGCGACUGCCGCAUGCGCCUCAUCAAGCACGACGUAAACCUCGGCCGCGCCGCGUUCUGGGAGAUCAAGAACCGCCUGCCGCGCGCGCUCACGACGAUCGACUGGGACGACACGUUCGUCAGCGUGUACAGCAAGGACAACCCGAACCUGCUGUUCAGCAUGCAGAACUUCGAGAUCCGCAUCCUGCCCAAGUGCCGCGCGGGCGACGUGCACGACGAGCGCGACGGCGUCUGGUCGCUCGUGCACACCGACUCGGGCGAGCGCACGAGCCAGGCGUACGUGCGCGUGUCCGACGAGGGCAUCCAGGCGUUCCGCAACCGCAUCCGCCAGACGCUCAUGGCCGCCGGCGCCACGACGUUUGCCAAGAUCAUCAGCAAGUGGAACACGACGCUCAUCAGCCUCAUGACGUACUACCGCGAGGCCGUCGUGCACACGACGGAGCUGCUCGAGUACCUCGUCAUUGCCGAGAACAAGUGCCAGACGCGCGUCAAGAUGGGCCUCAACUCCAAGAUGCCGAGCCGUUUCCCGCCGGCCGUCUUCUACACGCCCAAGGAGCUCGGCGGCCUGGGCAUGCUGAGCAUGUCGCACUGCCUCAUCCCGGCCUCCGACCUGCGCUGGAGCAAGCAGACCGACACGGGCAUCACGCACUUCCGCUCCGGCAUGACGCACGAGGAGGACCAGCUGAUUCCCAACCUGUAUCGCUACAUCCAGCCGUGGGAGGCCGAGUUCACCGACAGCGCGCGCGUGUGGCAGGAGUACGCGCAGAAGCGCAAGGAGGCCGCCGCGCAGAACCGCCGCCUCACGCUCGAGGACCUCGAGGACAGCUGGGACCGCGGCCUGCCGCGCAUCAACACGCUCUUCCAGCGCGACCGCACGAUUCUCAGCUACGACAAGAGCUGGCGCCUGCGCGAGUACUUCACGCAGUUCCGCCUGCUGCGCCACUCGCCGUUCAUGUGGACGAACCAGCGGCACGACGGCAAGCUGUGGGCGCUCAACAACUACCGCGUGGACGUCAUUGCCGCGCUCGGCGGUGUGGAGGGCAUCCUCGAGCACACGCUGUUCGCCGCGACGGCCUUCACGACGUGGGAGGGUCUCUUCUGGGAGAAGGCCAGCGGCUUCGAGGAGUCGAUGAAGAGCAAGAAGCUCACCAACGCGCAGCGCUCGGGUCUCAACCAGAUUCCCAACCGUCGCUUCACGCUCUGGUGGUCGCCGACGCUCAACCGCGCCAACGUCUACGUCGGCUUCCAGGUGCAGCUCGACCUGACGGGCAUCUUCAUGCACGGCAAGCUGCCGACGCUCAAGAUCUCGUACAUCCAGAUCUUCCGCGCGCACUUGUGGCAGAAGAUCCACGAGUCCGUCGUGAUGGACCUGUGCCAGGUCUUCGACCAGGAGCUCGAGGCGCUGCAGAUCGAGACGGUGCAGAAGGAGACGAUCCACCCGCGCAAGUCGUACAAGAUGAACUCGAGCUGUGCCGACGUGCUGCUCUUCGCCAGCUACAAGUGGCCGAUGAGCCGCCCGUCGCUGCUGACCGACUCGCGCGACGUGCUCGACGGCACGAGCUCAAACAAGUGGUGGCUCGACGUGCAGCUGCGCUGGGGCGACUUUGACUCGCACGAUGUGGAGCGCUAUGCUCGCGCCAAGUUCCUCGACUACUCGUCGGACAGCACGUCGAUCUACCCGUCGGCGACGGGCGCGCUCAUCGCCGUCGACCUGGCGUACACGAUGCACAGCGCAUACGGCAACUGGUUCCCCGGCAGCAAGCCGCUGAUCCAGCAGGCCAUGGCCAAGAUCAUGAAGGCGAACCCGGCGCUGCACGUGCUGCGCGAGCGCAUCCGCAAGGGCCUGCAGCUGUACAGCUCCGAGCCGACGGAGCCGUACCUCAACUCGGCCAACUACGCCGAGCUCUUCGGCAACGCCGUCAUCUGGAUGGUCGACGACACGAACGUGUACCGCGUCACGAUCCACCGCACGUUCGAGGGCAACCUCGUCACGAAGCCGAUCAACGGCGCCAUCUUCAUCCUCAACCCGCGCACGGGCCAGGUGUUCCUCAAGGUCAUCCACACGUCCGUGUGGGCGGGCCAGAAGCGUCUCGGCCAGCUGGCGAAGUGGAAGUGCGCCGAGGAGGUCACGUCGCUCGUGCGCUCGCUGCCCGUCGAGGAGCAGCCGAAGCAGAUCAUCGUGACGCGCAAGGGCAUGCUCGACCCGCUCGAGGUGCACCUGCUCGACUUCCCGAACAUCACCAUCAAGGGCUCGGAGCUGCAGAUUCCCUUCCAGGCGCUCGUCAAGCUCGAGAAGUUCGGCGACCUGAUCCUCGGCGCCAAGGGCCCGCAGAUGGUGCUCUACUCGCUGUACGACGACUGGCUGAAGAGCAUCUCGUCGUACACGGCCUUCUCGCGCUGCCUGCUGCUGCUGCGUGCGCUGCACGUCAACCAGGAGAAGGCCAAGAUCAUUCUGCGGCCCAACGUCAGCACGGUCACGGAGCCGCACCACAUCUGGCCGACGCUCUCCGACGACGAGUGGAUCAAGGUCGAGAUUGCGCUGCGCGACCUGAUCCUGCAGGACUACGGCAAGCGCAACUCGGUCAACGUCGCGUCGCUGACGUCGAGCGAGAUCCGCGACAUCUUGCUCGGCAUGGAGAUCUCGGCGCCGUCGGUGCAGCGGCAGCAGAUGCAGGAGCUCGAAAAGGGCGCCGAGGCCGCCGCGCAGGUGACGGCGACGCAGACGCGCACGGCCAACGUGCACGGCGACGAGCUGCUCGUCACCACAACGACGGCGUACGGCAACACGGCCUUCUCGAGCAAGAGCGACUGGCGCGUGCGCGCACUCAGCGCCACCAACCUGCCGCUGCGUUGCCAGCACCUGUACGUCUCCAACGAGGACAUCAAGGAGGACGCCGGCGCCAUCACCUACGUCUGCCCGAAGAACCUCAUCAAGACGUUCAUCUGCAACGCCGACCUGCGCACGCAGGUCGCCGGCUACAUGUACGGCUCGUCGCCGGCGGAUGCGCCGUCGGUCAAAGAGAUCAAGGUCAUCGUGUGGGUGCCGCAGCGCGGCAGCAACAACGGCGUCGAGCUGCCCGCCGAGCUGCCGCAGCACGACUACAUGCUCAAGGACCUCGAGCCGCUCGGCUGGAUCAAGACGCAGGCGGUGGACCAGGCUUACCUGGCGCCCGAGGACGUCGUCACGCACGCGCGCACCAUGGCUGCGCACCAGGAGUGGGGCGCGAGCAGCGUGUGCAUGACCUGCGCCUUCACGCCCGGCUCCGUCAGCGUCUCGGCCUACUCGCUCAGCGUCGCGGGCUUCGAGUGGGGCCGCAAGCUGAGCGCCAUGGACGCCGCGGGCAACCCGCAGGGCUUCGACCGCGCCUUCGGCGAGCGCGUCCAGCUGCUGCUCUCCGACCGCAUCCUCGGCACCACGCUCGUGCCGGCGCAUUCCGAGGGCCGCUGGAACUACGGCCUCUCGCUCAGCGCGCAGUGGACGCCGACGAUGAAGACGAGCUACGAGCUCGACGUGCCGAAGCCCUUCUGGGCCGAGGUGCACCGCCCGACGGCCUUCCUUACCUUUGGCGACUCGGGCGACAUCGACGGCGACACAGCCGACAUCGAGGACCAGUUCGCGUAGCUCUGCGCCUGCUCCGCUUCCGCUUCCCUUCUCCCAUUCCCGCUUUGGCCUGCUCCCUCAUGUACUCUGCCUCACGACCUAUGAACCGAUUGCAUUGUCCCUUGCGCU